UACUCCGGCGGCGGCAGCAGCCGCGGCCACGUCCACGCUAGGUUCUUAUUUCUCCACCCGAUUCCGCUCAGAUCCCCCUUCGAUCCAUUAAUUCCUCCGAUUUGGGAUCGCAGACUGAUCUGAGGAGGCCGAGUUGCAGACUGAUCGGAGCCGGAGGAGGCCUAUUUAGCCCCGGUCGAUGAGUGAGGGGCCGCCGAGAGCAACGCAUCCGAACAAGCCAGAGGUGCGGGAUGGGGAGAAAGGCGCCUUCUUUUGCUCCGGCCGGCCGGAAGCGUAAAGGCCCAUCGUUUCCCCUUCUCCCCCCUGCAAAUGCCGGAUUUCCCCCGCUCCGGCGCAGGUGACCGGCUGGGCAUCCCUCCCGGAUGACAUAGUCCACCAACUCGCCGCGCUGGUGCUGGAAUUCGACGUGGUGGACUACAUUGCCUUCCGCGUGGUCUGCUCGGGGUGGCGCGCCUGCGCGCCCAGCCCGCGAGACCCCACCCUGCGGAUACGAUCUCUCCGCCCGGUCCACUGGGUCGCGCUCUGCGACGGCGACGCCGUCCGCCCGGAUGACGCCUGCCAGAUAACCUUCUUCCAGAACCGAACGGCCAGGUGCCUCCGCGUCCGCCUGCCCGAGCUCCAGCGCCACAGGAUCGUUGGCUUCACUGAUGGGCUUGUCAUCCUGCUGCACAAGCAGAACACCACGAUCCGCGUGCUCCACCCCUUCACGCGGGUCGUGGUCGACUUCCCAUCCCUCGUCCCCGUCUACCAGAAGCUGACCAGGAACCGCAACUGCGUGCUCCGCAUGAACGCUGCCGUUUGUAGCAGUGUGUCAUCCACCACUUCCAUUGUCGUUGUGGCCUGGUUCCCUUGGUCACCUGUGGUGCUCAGUGCUGAUGCGGGCCACUCAAGCUGGGAGGUCAUUCACAAGGACAUGUAUCUUUCCAAUACCUUGCCCUUCCAAGGCCAGCUUUACGGUUUCCUGCAGACUUCAAGGCAGAUUGUGCAAGUCUACGCUCCAAAACCACUCGGCCCUGGCCCUGUCGUUGCUCAUGUUCCAAUUAAGUUUGGCAACCCAUUUUUCUGCAGCUACUACCUUGUGGAGUCCGAUGGCCACAUGCUACUUGUUGUCAAGUCUAUGAACUUGGUGGGUCGUGAUGUGGAGGAGUGGCGACGUUAUGUCAUUGUGAUCUUCAAGGUUGAUGUAAGCCUUGGCCACUGGGAACUGAUUCCAGUAAGCAGUCUUGGCGACCGGGCAUUGUUUGUAUCCAUGGACAGGUGCCUGUCCGUGAAGGCGAAGAACCUUCCUUCCAUCAGCAGCAACUCAAUUUACCUCACUGUGCCACUCCCGGAUCCGGUCGUCAUGCAUUCCCUGAGCAGCCAGUCAUUUGAGUGGCCAACGACGUUGUGUCAGGUCCACGACGUGAAGGAGAAGAUUCACCCGUCCGUCCGGCCCUUCACCAUCGCUGAUCAUCUUCUCACCUACUGCAAUCAUCGUGAAUGGGCAACUGGACUAAUGUUUCAUGAGUAUUACACUAUACCCAAGUCUUAUGAAGAGUUGUGGAAGAAAAUAAGAGCUCAGGAUUCUGAAGUGAGGAUUUCGCGCGUGCAAGAUUCAAUCAGGAAAGGGAAAAGGAGUGUCGAACUGAAGAAGGAAUAACUCCACCGUAAUUUAGACUGCUCUUUGGAAAUGAGAAUAUUAUUUAACAAUAUUCUUAUUCCUAAUGCUUUCAAUGUAAUCAUGCAUCAACGCUGAUGAUGUAACUAAAAUCUGUUCUCACUUCGCGAUGAAGUGAGCUUAUAUAUGAACUGAAAAAUUACUGGCGGGGUUAUAUGUUGAGCUUUUCUGUGUAGUGUUAUGCCAGUUAGGAUCUGCUCAUGCAAGGUGA